AUGCAAGAGGAGGUUGACGGCGUGUUCGAGAGCGCCAAGGUCGCGCAGAAGAAAUGGGCCAAGACGCCGCUGUGGAAGCGCGCCGAGCUGCUGCACAAGGCCGCUCACAUCCUUCGCGAACACAAGGACCCCAUCGCCGACUGCCUCGUUAAAGAAGUCGCCAAGGCCAGAAAGGAUUCCAUUACCGAGGUGCUGCGAUCAGCGGACUUCAUAUCGUACUGUGCGGAGGAGGGCGUGCGGCUGCUGGCUGAGGGCAAGUUCCUCACGGGCGACAGCUUCCCUGGCAACGACCGCACCAAGCUCUGCAUGGCCUCCAAGGUGCCGCUGGGAGUGGUGCUGUGCAUCCCGCCCUUCAACUACCCUGUCAACCUCGCUGUCUCCAAGAUCGCUCCUGCCCUCAUUGCAGGCAACGCCGUCGUGCUCAAGCCUCCCACUCAGGUACUCACAGGCGCGGUGGCAGGGCUGCACAUGGUGCGGUGCUUCCAGGAGGCGGGGUUCCCCAAGGGGCUCAUCAGCGCCGUCACUGGCAAGGGGUCUGACAUUGGGGACUUCCUCACCAUGCACCCCGCUGUUGACUGCAUCACCUUCACAGGCGGCGACACGGGAAUAUCCAUCUGUCGCAAGGCGGGCAUGGUGCCGGUGCAGAUGGAGCUGGGCGGCAAGGAUGCCUGCAUUGUGCUGCCCGAUGCUGACCUCGACCUCGCUGCUGCUAACAUCGUCAAAGGCGGCUUCUCCUACAGCCAUAACCGUUCUUCUGCCUCCGCUCCCUUCCCAUCCUCCCCUCCUCAACCAAUCACAUCGCGACACGUCAGCGGCCAGCGGUGCACAGCGGUGAAGGUGGUGCUGGUGAUGGAGGACGUGGCAGACGCGCUGGUGGAGCGGGUGAAUGCCAGGCUGGCGAAGCUGACGGUGGGGCGGCCGGAGGACGAUGCUGACAUCACCCCCGUGGUCAGCGAGUCCAGUGCCAACUUCAUAGAGGGGCUUGUGCUGGAUGCCAAGGAUAAGGGCGCGCUCUUCUGCCAGGAGUACAAGCGUGAGGGCAACCUCAUCUGGCCACUCCUUAUCGACCACGUGCGGCCGGACAUGCGGCUGGCAUGGGAGGAGCCGUUUGGCCCCGUUGUGCCGGUGAUCCGCAUCACCACGGUGGAGGAGGGCGUGCAUCAUUGCAAUGCCAGCACAUUCGCCCUGCAGGGAUGUGUGUUCACGAGGGACAUCAACAAGGCCAUCAUGAUUGCAGACGCCAUGGAGACCGGCACAGUGCAGAUCAACGCAGCGCCUGCCAGAGGGCCCGACCACUUCCCCUUCCAGGGCUCGGUGACUUCCCUUUCCAGUGCGCUCACCAUUGCUCGUUCAUCUUCCCCACUUCACCUCCCCACUGCACCUCCCCUUCUGUUGACCCCUUUUCACACUGCAUCCAUCUGUCCCUCUUUCCUCCUGCCCUUCCCUUUCCUUCAGGGUUUCCGGGAGAGUGGCAUAGGAUCACAGGGUGUCACCAACAGCAUUCUCAUGAUGACCAAAGUCAAAUCAACGGUCAUCAACCUCCCUGCUCCAUCCUAUGCGAUGGCCUAG